UAAAAGACGUUGUAUUCAAAUAGUAUGCAACAUUUGUAAUCUCGCGAGUUGUAUAAAUAUCAAGAUGGCGCCAAGUUCGGAUUAUGAACGUGUUGACAUUUUGUUGUGGAUGGAAAUAGUGCCCAAAUGUAAAUAAUUCGGUCAUGACAGUGGUGCUCAUCUAACCUUCACCAUGUCUCAGUUAGAACUUAACGCCGAUGAGACGUUGAAAUUGAAGGAUAUCCUACGGUCAUAUUCAUUGGCGUUCCAUCAAAGUGAACUACAAGAAAUUCUGUUUGAAGAUGAAGAUGAAGACCAUUUCUCAAUAUCAGUGGAUGCUCUCUCACUCUUUGAGAGUAACACCACGGUCUGUGAGGUGCUUCUGGCAUCCCCAUUGAAACUGUUGUCCCUGUUUGAUGAGACUCUGGUGAUCGUACAGGAGGCUAUAAAGUCUGAGCAUGAAGCUCAACACAGAAUGACAGUAAAACAGAACAUUCAUGCGAGAGUGAUGGGCCUCCCCGUGUGUCCCGAGUUGACCCGCACCACACUCCCCAGGACGUCGGACGUCGGCAGCUUUCUCUCUGUAACAGGGACUGUGAUCAGGGCAACAGUUGUUCGAAUCCUAGAAUAUGAGAAAGAAUUUAUUUGUACCAAAUGCAGGACAGUCUUCAACGUCAAGGCUGACUUUGAGCAGUUCUAUUCUAUGGUCAAGCCAUCAAAAUGCACCAACGAGGCCUGUAACUCCAUCAACUUCUCCACGCUGAGCGAGCAAGGUGCCCCUCCUGUCAAGUGCCGGAACUACCAGGAGAUCAAGAUUCAGGAGCAGGCCCAGCGCCUGGCGGUGGGGACCAUCCCUCGGUCCAUGUGGGUGGUGCUGGAGGACGACCUGGUGGACGGCUGCAAGGCUGGAGACGACAUCACAGUCUGUGGGACGGUGAUGCGGCGAUGGAGGAACCUGACGGCGGACAGCAAGUGUGAUAUCGAGAUCGUCCUGCAGGCCAAUCACGUCCUUGUCACUAAUGAACAGAGGAACUCUGUUCUCAUAACACAGGAGAUGAAGUCGGAGAUUGUGGCAUUUUGGGACGAGCACAAGAUGGAGCCAUUCACUGCCAGAAACAAAAUUCUGGCCAGUUUCUGUCCUCAGGUGUAUGGGCUCUAUGUUGUCAAGCUGGCUGUUGCCAUGGUGAUGGCAGGUGGAGUACAGAGAGUUGAUGACAGUGGAUCGAAGGUGAGAGGAGAAAUACACCUGUUGCUUGUUGGGGAUCCCGGGACAGGGAAGUCUCAGUUUCUCAAGUACGCCACCAAGAUCACCCCGAGAUCGGUUCUCACCACUGGUAUUGGCAGCACCAGUGCCGGACUCACAGUCACUGCCGUCAAGGACUCGGGGGAGUGGCAGCUGGAGGCGGGGGCCCUGGUUCUGGCUGACGGGGGCUUGUGUUGUAUUGACGAGUUCAACAGUAUCCGGGAACACGACAAGGCCAGUAUCCACGAGGCGAUGGAACAACAGACCAUCAGUGUGGCCAAGGCCGGGAUGGUGUGUAAGCUGGCCACAAGAACUACGAUCCUGGCAGCUACCAACCCUAAAGGCCACUAUGACCCAGACCAGUCUAUCUGUGUGAACGUGGCGCUGGCAAGUCCGCUGUUGAGCCGUUUUGACCUGGUACUGGUGCUCCUUGACUCGCAGAAUGAGGACUGGGACAGAGUUGUCUCCUCUUACAUCCUGGAGGACAAGGACCCUAUGGGUGACCUUGACAUUAAGUCGCUGUGGAGUAUGGAGAAAAUGCAGGCGUACUUUGCUCUCAUCAAGACCAUCACGCCACAGCUGACUGACGGAGCAGUAAGGGUGCUGGGGUCUUAUUACCGAGCCCAGCGAAGUGCUGAUGACCGGAACGCUGCCAGAACAACCAUGAGGUUGUUACAGAGCAUGAUCCGUCUAGCUCAAGCUCAUGCCCGCCUGAUGUUCCGGGAUGAGGUGUUGGUCCAGGAUGCUGUGGUUGCCGUCACCGUGAUGGAGUCGUCCAUGCAGGGGGCAGCAUUGCUGGGUGGGGUCAACGCCCUACACACGGCCUUCCCGGAGGAUGCAGAAGAGGAAUACAGGCUUCAAGCUGAAAUGAUCCUGGAGCACCUCGGCCUGCAGGAUCUCCUGGAGGAAGAGCGGACUCAGCUGGCUGUGUAUCAUCAGGCCAAGCAACAGAAACACGGGGGUCAGCCCCCAGCUGGGGCACCUGGCACUGACCCUGGCAGCAUGGGGGAGGAGCCCAUCAUGCGAAAUAGUAGUGGGGGUCAAGUCGGAGGGCAGCAAGGGGAGAUACUUCAGGUAUCAGAUGUAGGGGAUGCAUCUGGCAUCCAAGAGGUGGCAACACACAGCAAUACAAAGGCUCAUGACAAACGUGAACAGAGGGUUCCAAAUCAUUCCACUAAACCUGGCAUGAACAAGGAGGAGCUCCCAAGAACAGAAUCUAAUACAAUUGAUCAGCCUCCUAGUGUCGAGUCUGUUCAGCCAGGACGAGGACAAGACAUGGGUUUACAGGAGAGUAUUAGUUCAACGGACCAGAUUAACUUGCCGGCAUCAGAGGACAGAAGUAGGAGUAUUAUCAGGGAUCAUACAGUUAGGACAACUGGCAGCUCAUACCCUGAAGAGUCAUCAGCUGCCCGAUCUGUUCUACCUGAAACACUGGUUCUGGAUAAACACAUCUCUCACAGUGAUGAUGUAGAUUCAUCAGCUGUUGUGCUACCUGAAACAUCAGCUGUUGUGCUACCUGAAACAUCAGCUGUUGUGCUACCUGAAACAACUGUGGAUAAGCCCAGCUGUUUAGCAACUGGGCCUGAUGAUCCCAGUGAGGGGAAUUUGGGGAGGAUCUGUGAGAACAGUUUGAACCAGUCAAAUUUGUUCAAUUCGUCCUCCUUAUCGGAUCUGUUGAAUUCUAGCUGUGAAGAUUCUGAGGAUUUCUUUUUAAAGCCGUCCAAGAAAGUUGUCAGAAUGACUGAUCUUGGCAGGAAAGAGAAUAACAAAUCGGCAGAAACGGAUCCUCAACAGCAUUCUAUGGUGAGCCAAAUGAUCAAAAAUAGAUUGGACAAAUUUAAUAGGAAGCCAAACAUCCCCAGGAUGGCCUCCACUCCAGACAAGGCGGAUAUGUUAGAGAACAUUGAAAAGGAUCAUGGCAAACUUGUGUAUAUCAAAGAUCAAAGGAAACCAACUGGCAAGAAAUCAAUGGCUGCCAAGGUUAGACAGAGAAUGAAUCAAGGUCAUUCCAGUGCAGCAGAUGUCCAUGUGGACGAUGAUGACUUUGAACAGACAUCCUAUACCAACCAGAAUUUAGAUACAGAGAAAACGUCUUCUAACAGUGUCUCAACCACUGCACAUGAAAAUCUUAUUAAAGAGUCUUUGGACUUGGAGCCUUCAAAGAAAUUAACCAAGUCAAGGUCAGCUAAAAAAAUGAAACGUCUGGAUGGUACCAAGUCAUCAGAUUCAAGUGGUAGGAUUAGAAUUGGUGAAAAGUCUUCAGAGAGUUCUUCGGGUAGAGAAUCAAAAUCCUCCAGUUCUUCAAUGGAUACAGAUUUAAGCUUCAUUGAAGACAUUUUGGAUGACACUCUUCCAAACUUUGCAAAGAAGAAAAAACGGGCAUGUUUUGAUUUAGCUGACUCAAGUGAAGUGAUUUCUACAAGAACUAUGACCAAUAUGUCCGAGAAGCCAAGAUGUAAGAAUUCUUCAGGAAAAGUUGCACAAUCAACGCUAAGUAAGCUCACCAAAUUCUCAUUCCAUAAAACCGAUUCUGUGAGUGAUGCUUUGAAUUCAAGUUCCGGGUCUGAUGUUGUCUCUGAAAGUAUUCUUUCAGGACAUUUAUGGACAUCAGGCGAACAGGACAAAGAAAACAAACAAAAAUGCACUGAAAGUGAAACAGGUAAAAUUAACAAAGAUCAGACGAAGUCAAACGAUCAUUCCAAAUCAAAUAAAGAGGCUUCUUUCAGAACGCCGGCUUCUCUGUCCUUGUCUCAGCUCAGUAGCUCUCAGACUUCAAUACCAGAUAAAUCAGGGGAAGGAACUACAGACAGCUCCAAUGUGCGGCUUCCAUCCAUUGGAUGUUCUCCAUCAGAGUCUGUGGGCAAGGGAGGUAACUCUGCAGCAUCACAGCCGCACAAGAGUAGCCCGGCAUGGUUGCUGAAGCUUAAGGCCAAACCGUCGCCUGUGUUUUCCGUGGCAGGAAAAGAUGAUGAACUGGAUGAUCUGGAUUUAGAGCUGGACUUUACUCAUCCUUCUAAACGGUUUAAGAAAUGAGUUUUUCUUGCUGAGCAUGCAGAAGUUAUUGUAUAUAUGGGUGCAGUGUCUUAGGACAAGGUAUAUUGUUUAAUAAUAUAUUGUUAUCAGACUGCAUGAAAUAUAAGGUAUAUUGAAAGAUAGGUAUUUGUAUGGAGUGAUAACUUUUUAAAAAUUUAUGAGUGCAAGAUCCUGUGAAAAAGAAAAUAAGUUUAAUUUUAAAAUUCAUUUUUUAAAUCCAAAAAUGAAAAUUA